AUGUGCCUAAGGAGAGCUUGCUUGCUUGGUUGCUACUACUGGACCUUGAAGAAGGCUGAACAACUACUUGGAACAACUCCUCCACAACCACAUAUCGACAUUUCCUCCACUACAUUUCAAAUCAUCGUCAACAUGGAGGUGCUUUUGGGAAUCACUGGAAAGGACUUCACUAUCAUUGCAGCAUCCAAGGCUGCGAUGCGGGGCGCCACCAUCCUCAAGGCAUCCGAUGACAAGACCAGAGCUCUUAACAAGCAUACACUUCUCGCAUUCUCUGGAGAGGCCGGCGACACAGUGCAAUUUGCCGAAUACAUUCAACGAAAUGCCCAGCUCUAUUCGAUGCGAAACGAGUCCGAUCUUUCUCCGUCUGGCCUGGCUCACUUUGUUCGUGGAGAGUUAGCCACUAGUCUGCGAUCUCGAAAGCCCUACAAUGUCAACCUCCUCAUGGGUGGUGUUGACCCCAUCACUGGCAAGCCCUCGCUCUACUGGCUCGACUAUCUAGCGUCGCUAGCAGAUGUUCCUUAUGCUGCGCAUGGAUACGCACAAUACUACUGCCUGUCUAUCCUCGAUAAGCACCAUCACCCCGAUAUCACACUCCACCAGGGCAUCAAGAUUCUGACAAUGUGCACCGACGAGCUGAAGCGCCGACUACCAAUCGACUUCAAGGGUAUGGUAGUGAAGGCGGUCAAGGCCGAUGGGAUUGUCGACAUAGAGUUUGAUGAUGACAAGGUUGUCAAAUGUGCUUGA